UCGCAUACCACACUAUUGGUCACACCGGAUCAAGUGAGGCUGUAGCAGCAAAAGCCAUGAGUGUUUUGAACUGAGCAAAGGACCUAAGUGACCUUUGACCCUGCUCUGAGAUGGAAGUUUGGCCAGACCCUUCCCUUGAGCCCACACUGCUCUCUAUUGAAGCAGAACUUUAGUGAGCCGGGCUCCAUGGACAAGAAGGUGGUGCUGAUCACAGGCUGCUCCUCGGGAAUCGGUCUCAGCCUGGCUGUCCGGCUAGCCUCUGACCCCAACAAAACAUUCAAAGUCUAUGCCACAAUGAGAAACCUGGCCAAGAAGGAACGUCUUCUAGAGUGUGUGAAAGGCCUGCACAGGGAUACCUUGGACAUACUCCAAAUGGACGUGACCGACCGGCAGUCUAUCCUGGAUGCGAGGGACAGGGUUGUGGAGAAGAGAGUGGACAUUCUGGUGUGCAAUGCUGGUGUGGGUUUGAUGGGGCCGCUGGAGGUGCAGUCCUUGGACUCGAUGAGGCAUAUUUUGGAGGUCAACCUCCUCGGUACCAUCCAGACCAUCCAGGCUUUCCUGCCAGACAUGAAGGCUCAGAGCCAGGGCCGCAUUCUGGUCACUGGCAGCACUGGAGGGCUUCACGGUCUCCCUUUUAAUGAGGUGUACUGUGCCAGUAAAUUUGCAAUAGAGGGAGCAUGUGAGAGUUUGGCUGUCCUCCUGCAGCACUUCAAUAUCCAUGUGAGUCUCAUUGAGUGUGGUCCAGUCAACACUGACUUCCUGGUCAACCUGCAGAAGGCGGAGCUUGGGGAUGCAUCUCUCCAACAGGUUGAUACCCGCACACUCAGCCUCUAUGAAAAAUACCUGCAGCACUGUGGCUCCGUUUUCCAAAAUGCAGCACAGGACACAGAGGACAUCGUAAAGGUAUUUCUAGAUGCCAUCCAGUCACCCAGCCCUGCAUUCAGAUACUUCACCAGUGGUGUCGUGCCACCUCUUAGCAAACUGAAGAUCACAGAACCAGAUGGCUCGUGGUACAUCAGUGCUAUGAGCAAAAUCAUUUUCUCAGCUGAGGAACAAUAAUUUUGCACAUCCCUUGUUUUCAACCAGGCCACUGGUGCAGACUUGCUCUUAUUUACUUUAGGCGCAGAAGUUAAUAAUUAGCUCUUUCAUUUUUGAUUUCUGGAGUAAAGUUGAUGCACUCUGACUCAGUGUGUUGCUCUGUGGUUGAAAGGGCAGUAAGGUCAGCGUAUCGUGAGUAGAGUUCACAGGAGGGAGUGACUUCACGUUUCUAUUUUUGUAUGUCACUUAUCAAAAGUUAUAUUCCUUUUCACAAUAUAAAGAUAUGAAUAUAAAAAUAGACCAUUGUCUGGUUAGUGGAGAAAUAUUUGGGAUUAUGUUUUAAGUGAUACAAUAGCUAUUGCAUUCCUCUUGUUUGAUAGUGUUCUUACCACACCGGUUGGCAUGUUUUCACUGGGCUAGGUGUGCUUGUGGACAGGUUUUUACCACAUUUUUUACAACAGGAUUUUCUUAUGUAAUUUUUGAUUGGCUAUUUUAAGCGAACAGGAACAACCUUGUUCUGUCCUUGUUCCAAAGCAUGAAAUGAAAAAAAAAUCUGGCUCCCAGGAAUUUCUCCACUGGCAGCAAAACAAAAAUAUUCAUGAAUUUUACAUGUUGUAUUUCUUUUCUAGUGUCUGCUGAACUGCUUGCCUUAAAAUGCCCCUUGGGGGAUAAAUGAAUAAAGUCUUUGAACUGAA